UGAUGGACACGGUGGGUAGCACGUUUGCCUCACGCUUGGGGGUUCAAAUCCCACCUCCGGCCUGUGUGUGCAAAGUUUGCCUGUUCUGCUUUGGGGGUUUCCUUCAGGUUCUCCAGUUUCCUCCCACAGUCCAAAGACAUGCAUUGUAGGCUGAUUAGCAUCUCUAAAUUGUCCGUAGUGUGUGAGUGUGUGUGCAAUUGCGUCCUGCGACGAGCUGGCACCCUGUCCAGGGUGUUCCCUACUUUGUGCCCAGAGUCACCUGGGAUAGAUGGGUGGAUGGAUGAAUUCAUUAGCAAACUAGCUUAUGAGUAGCAAACCUACAGAGACUGAAUGAUGAUUUCAGGCAAAAGAGAUUUAUAUAAGUAAUACAAGUUUUCACAUGAAAACAUGACAGUAACUUAAUUUCAUGAGUUAAAAAAUGACUUUUUACUUUUUAGUACUUUCAACUUUUUUCUUUUUUUUUAACUUUCAUUUGAGCCCAUUUUUGGAUAAAUACCUCCACCUUUAAUUAAGAUUUUGAGACAUUUUUUAUACUUUCACUUAUGGAUCAUUUCUCAGUGCCUUUUCUACCCCUGGCAUUCAGUUAUGUAUGCAGAUGUUAAACCACUGGCUGCUUUAAAAAUCAGCAAAUGAACCUUAAUGUUUCCGAAGUUGGUAUUUGUAUGAGAAAGUGAAUGUUGAAAGUGAAUGCAGAUUUACACACUGUAGUUUACGGCCAUAAAGUGUCCAAAGGUUCAAAGUUUGCUUUACCUUGUGAUUGAUAAUAUCAUGUGAAAGGUUGUGACUCAGCCAGACCUGAAUCUCGUGUGUGUGUGUGUGUGUGUGUGUGUGUGUGUGUGUGUGUUUUAUCAGUGUUGCAGUGUCAACACGAUGCUUAGUCCAUUGAAAUCUUAAAUUUGCAUUAUGCUAAUAAGGCACUACAUACUGAAACAAGGAGAUAUGAGAAGCGAGUUAAUGACACCUCAGACUCAUGUACGAUGGGGAACCUGGUUACUGUGACCUCCUACAGAGCCUCAGACGGAACCUGCGAUUAUGUAUAUCUCCACCCGUGUCUACAGUGUGACCCACUUGGAACUUUAUUCAAUCUGAGACAGGCCAGUCUGUCAGUCUGGGGAUGGGGGGGCCUGGGAAUCCUGCUUUUCCUCAUCACGUUCGGACCCUUUGCCAUAUUUUAUUUGGCGUUUUAUAUCUUCUGUUUUCUUGGCGGGGGCUUCGCUGUCACGCUUUUAUUUGGAAAGACAAAUUCCGAAAAACACCUAGAGAAAUGUGAGCACUCCUACCUGCCUCCCACCCCAACAGGCAUAGCCAAGACUUUAGAGGAGCUGAAGCAGGAGACGAAGCCCAUCAAAAUCGACCGGCGUCUGACGGGAUCCAACUUCAUCGAUGAGCCUCUGCAACAGGUGAUUCAGUUUGCUCUGAGGGACUACAUCCAGUACUGGUAUUACACGCUGAGCGAGGACGAGUCCUUCCUGCUGGAGAUCAGACAGACGGUGCAGAACGCUCUGGUGCAGUUCUCCACGCGGUCCAAAGAGGUGGACUGGCAGCCUUAUUUCACCACCAGACUGGUGGACGACUUCGCCACUCAUCUCCGUGUUUUCAGAAAGGCCCAGGAGAGGCUGAACGAGAGGGAGGACCCCAAACAACGUGAAGCUCCAGAGGAGCUGCUGGAUGCGUUUUUUGAGACGGAGGUGGAGAUGGAGAGGAAGAUCUGCAGAGAUGUAGUGUGCACCUCCCAUGGAGAUGAAGAAGGGUUCCUGCGGGAUCUGUGUGAGGUGCUGCUGUAUCUCUUACUACCUCCUGGAGAUUUCCACAACAAGAACAUGAGAUACUUCCUCAGGGAAAUCUUGGCGAGAGGAGUUCUGCUGCCGUUGAUUAACCAAUUAAGUGAUCCCGAUUAUAUCAAUCAGUUCAUCAUCUGGAUGAUCCGAGACUCCAGCUGCAACUACGAAGCCUUCAUGAACAUCCUGAAGCUGACGGACAAGACGGCCGAACUGGAGGCUGUCAAAGACAAAGUACUGGAGGAGCUCCAGUACCUGCGUUCGCUAGAUACCGCAGGAGAUGAUAUCAACACUAUAAAGAAUCAAAUUAACAGUUUACUGUUUGUGAAGAAAGUCUGCGAAACAAGAAUACAGAGGCUGCAGUCGGGAAAGGACGUCGACGCUAUGAAACUUGCGGCGAAUUUUGGGAAGUUGUGCAUCAUCCCGCUGGAUCAUAUCCUCGUGCACAACAUAGCGCUCCAGUUUUUUAUGGACUACAUGCAGCAGAUGGGGGGUCAGGCGGAUCUGUUCUUCUGGCUGACGGUGGAGGGAUACCGGGUCACAGCUCAGCAGCAGCUCGAGGUUUUGCAGAGCUGGAAGAAGGACGGCAGGAAGCAGACCGGCCAGACUAAGGACCUGUUAAAAGCCGCUGCGCUCGGUGUCUACGAGCAGUACCUCUCGGAGAAGGCGUCUCCCAGAGUGCAGGUGGAUCGGGCCUGUGUGGACAGACUGGCUGAGAAACUCAACAAAGAGGAUCCGACUCCGGAGAUUUUUGAUGACAUCCAGAGAAAGGUGUAUGAUAUGAUGUUGAAGGACGAACGGUUCUACCCUUCGUUUAAGCAGCACCCUCUGUACGUGCGCAUGCUGGCCGAGUUGGAUAUGCUGAAGGAGCCGAGCUACCGGGGAUCAGACGACGGAGACGCAGAGUCUUUUAACGGAUCUCCAACCGGAAGCAUUAAUUUGUCUUUGGAUGACCUCACGAACGCCACCACAGACGAGUCGGCGCAGCUACAUGCUUUUAUUUCUGAUACGGGCGUGUGUAAUGACCACGGGAAGACCUACGCACUCUACGCCAUCACUGUCUUCCGUAAGAACCCAGACGGCAGUGAGGACACCUGGAAGACCUACCGCCGCUACAGCGACUUCCACGACUUCCACAUGCGCAUCACGGAGCAGUUUGAGAAUCUCGGCUCGAUAUUAAAACUUCCUGGGAAGAAAACGUUCAACAACAUGGACAGGGACUUUCUUGAGAGAAGGAAAAAGGACCUGAACGCUUAUCUGCAGCUGCUUCUGAAUCCAGAGCUGGUGAAGGCCUGCCCCAUGCUGAUAGGUCACGUCCAUGACUUCUUGGAAAACAAGGCAUACAGCAAAGGCAAGGGCGACUUUGCACGAAAGAUGGACACAUUUGUGAACCCUCUGCGUAGCUCCAUGAGAAACGUAUCCAAUGCUGUGAAGUCACUUCCUGACAGCCUCGCUGAAGGAAUGACCAAAGUGACGGACAACGUGGGGCGCAUGGGCGAGAGACUGGGCCAGGACCUCAGACAGUCCAUAUUCAAGGUGCCGCCCUUAAUUCCGAAGUCGGACAUCGACCCUGAGCACUGCCGAGUGUCUGCACAGCUGGAUGACAAUGUCGACGAUAAUAUCCCACUGCGUGUGAUGCUGCUGCUGAUGGACGAGGUGUUUGACCUGAAGGAGAGGAAUCAGUGGCUCCGCAGGAACAUCAAGAACCUUCUACAGCAGCUCAUUAGAGCCACAUACGGAGACACCAUCAACAGGAAAAUCGUGGAUCAUGUAGACUUCAUGACGUCUCCAGAACAAGUAGCCGACUACGUCAAGAGGUUUAGAGAUUCCUACUGGCCGAACGGAAUCCUAGCAGAGACGCCACCGUGCCGAGACAAGAGCAUCCGCAUGAGAACCAGAGUAGCAGCAAAGACUAACCUCCUGGGCAUCAUGCCAGACGAACUCAAGCACAUCAUAGGGGCGGAAACCACGCGCAAGGGCAUCCUCCGGGUCUUUGAAAUGUUCCAGCACCAGCAGCUGAACCGCCGCCUGGUCUAUGUCUUCCUGGAGGGGUUUCUCGAAACCAUGUUCCCUCAGUACAAGUUCCCCGAGCUGUUCGUCAAGCUGCACUCACGCUCGCCACGCAUCCGCACUUAUUCGCAGAAAGUCCGCACCUUACAGAAGAGGUGACGCAGUGGCUCGGCAGCAGGAAGCGCACCGCUCACAGAGGAGGAAGGACCGGCCCAUGGUGAGGCUGGAGAAAGACACAGGGCUGGGGGUGUGUGUGUGUGUGUGUGUGUGUGUGUGUGUGUGUGUGUGUGUGCGUGUGUGAGAGAGAGAGAGAGAGAGUAUGAGGGUGUGUGCAUAUGUUUGUGUGUGUGUUGUGGAUCACACACCCCAGCCCUCUCAGUCCUUCCUGUUCUUAAGAGAAGCACUGUAUCCACACGGCUGUAGCAUAGAGGAUUCAUUUUAGCAUUGUGGAGCGUCACCACUAAGAUGCUGCAGUGCCUGACCUGUAACGUCAGCAUUUCAGUAUUUGUAUCUCAUUUUGUCUUUUUUUUUAUUAUUAUUAUUGUUGUUGUUAUUAAUAUUAUUAUUAUUAUUAUUAUUAUUAUUAUUAUUUUGGGAGGAAGUUGCAAUGUGGGAUAAUUCCCUGUGGAUAAACUUGUUUGAGUUUGCAAAGGUGCGUCGAAGUAAAGACUAAAACGAUUUUAAACGAUGUAAUGGACAACGCGAGGAGGGAAAACUGACACAAACGUGGCUCGUACUGAGCUGCUUUUUUUUUUAUCACGAGCAUAUCUGAGGUAAAGAUUGUUUUUAGGGCUGGAAGGCGGGUUUUAAUCGCACCAUACGUCACGUUUUAGCGAGUGAAAUCAUGUCCGAACCACGCGAGUGAUUUCAUAACCAAGUAUACAUGCAGCACUGACGCUCAGGCCGUCUGAUGGAAGAGCGUUAAAAUAACUGUCACAAGACCUGCUCGCACAUUUCUGACAAACGAAACGAAAAAGGAGAAAAGUUUUGGCGCCCUGCAGGACUCCACCUCUACAGCACUAUAUGUUAAAGAAUGUAUCUGUCUCUUGGCAAACCUGUCUGUACUCGUCCUUCAUGGGUUUUUUUUUUUUCUUUCCCCACACGGCACAUACAGGAUGUGUACACGUUUUGAACACUAGUAGACUCGUAAAGACCCGUGUGUAGCAUUUAAAGUCGGAGUCAGAAGCGUGUGCCAGCACCAGUUAGGAAAAUCAGCCUUAAUUCUCUACAACCAAAAGAGACGUGUGCUUAGACGUAGCUUUCAUUAAG